AUGGACGCUUCACUACAAAAUGUUGAAGAUCUGGACCUCAGUUUCGAUUUUGACAUUGAACUUGACCCCUUCGGUUUCAAUAUUUCCGGCGAAGGGCUAGACUUCAUACCUAUUUCUCAUGCUGAAUUAAUGUUGAACUCUCACCGUGCAGAAAUGACUGGUUUGAGUUUCAUGGGAAAUACCGACAUCAGAAUCGAGGCACAGCCAGAAUCUGAGACGUCGAUUACAAUUGACAAUCAAAACUCCCGUUUGAUUCAGCAUUAUCUGGAUGUAAUGAAAGGGUAUGCCAAACUUGACGAUUUCCCCCACAAAGCCAGCAAUUUAUUUGUGUCUGCUUUCUCCAAAUCGCUUCAAUUUCCGCCUCUCUUCUAUGCCAUUCUGGCCUUUUCCGCUUCCCACCUCAGCGUUGAAGAUGACUCUUAUUCCAAUCAAGCUGCAAACUACAAUAAAUUGGCUGAGUCUUCAUUUCAAACUCAUAUUCAAGGAGAUUAUACAGAGGUUGAAGCCUUACUGUCUGCUCUGGUUGUUCGCAUCAAAACAGUGCAUAUGAUGGGAGGUGAGAUUGAAACUUUCCACAGUCUCAUGCAGGUAGCCGCCGAUGUCGUGUCAUCACAAAGAGGCGCACAGGCUUUAGAGGAUCCUUCGAGUUUGUCAAGACGAAUUAUCAUCCGCCUUGCCAUCUUAGAUGCGCGAUCCACUUGUUUCGGGCUUGGCGGCGGCGUGCUUGUCAAGCGUUUGUACGCAUUGCCAUCUUGCUCAUUUAUUUUCGAACGGGAACCACAUGAUGCACCCCGCACCACCCUUCUCAAUUUACUCCAAGCCGAUCUUUUCAAAGUCAGAAUUGCAAGCUUAGAUGCACGGCUACAUGAUCAUUCAAAAAGUGUCGGUGCCCAGCCACCGGUAGGUGUCAUAGAAAUCAAUGAUCUUUACGAAGAGAUUUGCCACGAGAUUGAGGUUUUCAAAAAACGAAUGGUUGCCUUAGGUGACGACUUGACAAGCUUCAACUUUUCGGGAGAUAAAACAAUUGACUCGGCCUCUUAUGACCGACUGAUCGUCUUAUCUGCACUACAUUCCGGACUUCUUUAUCUCGUCAUGAUUGUUGUGAGUUCUGCCCGACAUACUUACACUUCUGUUCUGACUUGUCACUUAAUAGCCUUUCCCUUUGGUCGACUGUGGAGAAUCAGUCUCAACAAUUCUCUUCAACCAACUGAAGGUCUCACACGACCCCUCACGCCGAAGCUCACCAGGGUCGCUCAUGCCUGCAUCACUAUUUCUCGCUGGAGUGCAUAA